AAGUUAAUAGUGAGUUUAGUCAAAUUUGAUACGUCGUCUUAUUAACAUAUAAUUUCUCGUUAAAUAUGAAAUCUGAUAAAAUUAAAACUUCAAAUCGAUUAGAUGCUAUCAUCAAUGGCCACUUAGCUCUUUACAGUGUUUAUUUUGGCCAACUAAUCAUAUUAUCAUCAGUUGGUUAUAGUAUUAUCGAAAAAUAUCUUGGUCCAAUUCAAUGUCAAGGUAAUUCGCGAAUUCGUGAUCAAUUCGUAAGAGAUGUUUGUUUACAAGGAAAAAAUGAAUUCGUUGAACAUCGAAUGUUUUUGUCAUCAAAACAUUUGGUUGAUGACUCGAAUCGAUCAUAUUCUUAUUAUCCUUGGAUUAUUCUUUUACUUUUUGUUCAGGGUAUGUCAGCUAAAUUAUCAGGUGAAUGGCUAGAACGAAGUCAACAUCAUAAAUUGAAACAAUUGAAUCAUAUCGAACGAUAUGUUCGAUUUGCACGAAUCACACGGAAAUCGUUUUGCUAUUCAAGCCGUUAUUUAAAACGGAAGAGACGUGUGCAGAAAAUAAUGAAUUUUUUUCACAAUUUUCUUGCUGAUACAUCGGGAAAUCAAAAUUGUCUUAUUGAUUAUCUUACAUCCUUGAUAUUUUGCUUGUUUACUUUAUCCAUACAAAUGGUAAUCCUUGAUUCAAGUUUCAAUGGUCAAUAUCUAAGCUUAGGCAUACGGUUCUUGUCAUCAUUUCAUAAUGAACAAGACAAGUCUUUGAAGAUUUUUCAAUCAGUUGACGGUAUGAAUCCAAUAUCUCAACUGUUUCCUUAUGUAAUUGGCUGUCGAUUUAAAAAUUUUGGCCCUUCUGGUUCUUCAUUUUUUGCUGAUUAUGUUUGUACAUUCAACAUGAACAUUGUCAAUGCCUACAUUUAUCUAACCGGUUGGUUUAUUCUUAUUUCUAUCGGUAUAUGUUUAAUAUUGUCCAUAUUAAAAUUACCGAUCCUAUUACUAUGGACAAUAAGAUCAUCGGAUAUUGAAAGAGAGUUGAAUACCAAAUAUAAACUAAUGAUUGCUGAUUCUAAUGACUAUUAUCAACAAUUUUUUGAAAAUUCAAAUAUAUCUGCAUCGACCAUCGUUUUGAUUCACCUGGCUUGCAUUGAUUUAAAACAUUUAGCUGAAACGUUAGAGCUACUAAAGCAUAUCCAUCAAUUGGAACCCGAAAAAUAGCUAGAUGUUCAAUUUUUUUGUUGUCAGACUAUGAACAAUUAAUUUGAACAUUCAGCAAUAAAAAUUCACGAUCAACAUCACCAGAAAAUAUAUUCGACGAAAUUUAAACUAUCCGUAAAU